AUGGAGAACUCUGCGUCGAGUAUUAAAGAUUCCAACACGACCAUAGUCCAAGGACCCAUAACGCGGCGAGACUCGCAUCCAGAAUGUGGCCUACUUCUAGCGGAGCCGGUAUACGCGGAGGAAGUAUUCGAGACUCGGGGGAAGAGCCUAUGGAGGGUGUUACCUGAGGUUCAAAUUAACAUGAUCGCCUUCUCCGGCACCAUUGGAAAUGGAUUAUUCCUGGGAAGCGGUAUGAUUCUCGCCCUUGGCGGGCCAGGCGGCGCUGUUGUCGCAUACUUACUCAUGGGGACGGUGGUCGGCGCUGUAAUAUCAUGUCUGGGAGAAAUGACCGCCUUAAUGCCAGUCAAUGCCCCAGUGAUGGAAUUCCCACGAAGAUUCCUAGAUCGCGGAGUGGGUUUUGCGGUCGGCUGGACAUAUUGGUUCGCCUAUGCAGUGGUAGCUACCCACAAUAUGGUGGGUGCUGCAGAAACAGCCCGAUAUAGUUAUGUGGAUGGAAAGACAGAUGUCACUUGGGAAGUAGGGGAGAGGGUUGAUACCGCAGUGUGGAUCACCGUUUUCAUCGUUCUCAUUGCAUUGAUAAACCUAUUUCCAGUCAAGUAUUUCGGCAUGCUCGAGUACGUCGUUGGGAGUGCCAAAAUGAUAUUCAUCAUACUUCUCAUUGUAAUGAUGGUCAUUCUCAGUGCGAUGAAUCCAAGGAAAUCUGCGUACUAUCAGAAGCCACUCGGAACAAAGUACUGGGACUCCCCAUACUCUUUCUUCAACCCCGAAUACCAUAUCAAAAAUAAAGAUGGCUCUGUUCGGGUAAUAGACGGAGGGCUGGGAAGGUUUCUCGGAGUUUGGAAUGCAUCCGUGAAUGUCAUAUACUCGUAUGUGGCUGUGGAUAUAUUUGCAGCUACGGCAGCCGAGAGUAAAUCUCUUGCUGAUUCGGAGUGCAUGAAGAUGGCGGCCAGAAAGAUAACACUCCGAAUCGUCAUUUUAUACGUACUGGCGAUGCUAACGUGUUCUUUCCUCGUCCCAUACGAUCACCCUUUCCUCAAUGGAGAAGCGGUAUCACUGGCCACCGAGUCACCGUUUGUGAUUGCAGUUGUUGAAGCAGGCCUUCCGGCAGCAGGAGAGUUUUUCAACGGAAUGUAUCUGUUUUCCUCGUUCACCUGUGCCGUAAACUCUGUGUAUGUUGCGUCACGGGUAAUGCACACCUUGGCUCUCAGAGACCAAACGGGACCCGAGUUUAUAACCAAGCGGCUGCAGCAAUGUCAUGCUGGAGUACCAACGAGAGCUGUGCUGGCGACCGUGGCCAUAUUGGCUUUGGGAUAUCUGGGGCCCGGAAAAGGUCCAGGCGAUCGGCUACGUGAGCUUUCGUCCAACUGCACAGUAUCGUUCCUAAUUGUUUACGGGAUCAUAUGUGCGACAUACUUGCGCUUUUACCAAACUCUUCAGGAGGCCAAUUCACUCGGCAAUACUGCCGAGUCGCAAAAUGGCGUGUAUGAUCGGCAGAAUCCACGAUAUCCUUAUAAAUCGCACGGGCAGUGGCUGAAGGCCUGCUAUGGCAUGGUGUCAUGUUUUAUAUUACUCGUCUUCAACGGGAUACCGGCAUUCCUCAGCGAUCCGUUCGAUACCCGGGCUUUUAUUGUUUCAUAUAUCAGCCUGCCCGUCUUCAUUCUGCUGUUUGUGGGCUAUAAGAUACGAAGACACGGGCUCCAUUUCUCAUCCUGGGGUGCCGAGUGCUCCAACGACCUGCGGAACUGCGUCCAAACGACGAGCGGAACCCACAGGAAGGGAAGGUUAAUAUUCCCCGAUCACGGACCAACUAGAAAGAACUGGGUAACAUUCUUUGCAUGGGUUUGGGCAUGGACAAAGUGA